AUGUCGCCAUCGAAUCCAAAUAAAUCAUCAAGUUCUAUUAAUCCACAUAAGAGCCCAUCAAUGAUGGCUCUGAAGAUGUUGGGGAAGAAACUACUAAGUUCAAAACCACAUGUAGAACCUGGCCACAUCAUAGAUAAUAUCGGCAGUAGUAAUAUCACACCUUCAAGGAGGGGCCCACCUGGUAACAAUUUAAACAAUAGUCUUGGCCAUAGAAGCGGUAGGAACAGAUCUCCCUCAUUAUUACAAAAGAAACAUUUAGGACAAAGGGAACCACAUGGAGCUAUCGCAAUCGCAUCCGUAGAAUCAUCAAGUCAACUGUCUGAUCUUAUUGCACAUAGUCAUAACCCCUUCGUCCCUCAAUCAACGGAAACAACCAACGUACGUAAAUUACCGGCACAUCCUGAUAAAGAAAGAACUGCUCAUACACAUCAUGUGGAAACACCUCAUCGGUCCCAAAGUUUUGCUACUCAUCAUCUACCUAAUGAAAAUAUCGUUUAUAAUCCUUAUGGAUUGAACCCUUUGGCUCCUAAUAGACCAGAUACCGCAUUCGCUGCUACUUCCAAACAACAAAAUGAUUUAAGUUUUUACUUACAUGAUGGGGAUGCUAAGAUUCGUAUGCUACCACUCCCAAUUGAAGACCCCAAUGAUUUCUUACCUGAUAAUAUGAAACAGUAUAGUGUUCAUUUAAUGGAUAAUUUUGUCUUUGACACAGAUAAUAAGACCAUCGGAUCAGGUGGGUCAUGCGAAGUGAGGAAAGUGAAGUCUGCUUAUAGACAAAAGGAAAUAUAUGCUUUAGAAAAAAUUAAUAUGAUUUAUGAUGAGACUCCUGAGAAGUUUUAUAAGAGAUGCUCGAAAGAAUUCAUCAUUGCUAAGACGUUGAGUCAUAAUAUUCAUAUUUGUCAUAGUUUUUAUUUGUUGAAAGUUCCAACUACUACAUAUACUACACGUGGUUGGGGGUUUAUAAUGGAACUAGGUGUUAAAGAUUUAUUCCAAUUGAUUGAGAAGAGUGGAUGGAAGAAUGUCCCAAUUAAUGAAAAAUAUUGUAUAUUCAAACAAAUAGCAGAAGCUGUUAAAUUUUGUCAUGAUCAAGGGAUCGCACAUAGAGAUUUGAAACCAGAAAACGUUUUACUUUCCAAAGACGGUAUUUGUAAGUUAGCUGAUUUCGGUAUUUCCGAUUGGUAUCAUAAGGAUCCAAAUGAUCUUACUAGUCCUAUCAAAUCUUGUGAAGGUAUGAUUGGUUCACCACCGUAUACUCCACCGGAGGUUAUGUAUUGGGAUAGUAAGAAACAUUACCCAAAGGAAUUACAAAAACCAUACAAUCCCUUGAGAAUGGAUUGUUAUGCAUUAGGGAUAAUACUUUUCACUUUAGUCAAUAAUAUUAUUCCAUUCAUUGAUUCAUGUAAUACUGAUCCAAGAUUUCGAGAUUUUGAAAAUGCUUAUAAUAAUUAUAUUAAUCAUCAAAAUCCUCAUUUCAGAGAUAAGGGAAAUUAUAAACCAGGCCCAGGCCCAGAAUACAGAUUAGCUAAAAACUUCAAAAGUGCAGACGCAUCUCGUGUAGUAUGGAGAUUGUCCGAUCCUAAUCCAGAAACAAGAUAUACAAUGGAUGAUCUAUUUGAUGAUCCAUGGUUCCAAUCCAUUGAAACAUGUGUGGAACCUGAUGCCGAAAACCCAGUUCCAUUACCAGAAUUAAGGAAAUCAACUACCCAAGAUCAUGAUUUCUUUCUACAUGAUAAUGACUCCAAAGAUGAAAUGGAUAGUCAAAGUAUAAUUUCGUCCACUUCAAUUUCUGAUAAUGAGCAUACAUCUAACCCAUUUUUAAAAAAUAAGCCUAAGACAAGAUCAAUGUUAGAGAUUGCUGAAUCCCCAAUACUUCCAAAGGUUUCGACGAAGUCAAAACAUUCCUCUAAGAAACCAUUAUUUACUCUUGAUGAAGAGAAAAAUAAAAAAAGUCGAAAUGAUGAGGAAACAGUAAAAGGAGAUGAAGAUGCAGAAGACUCAGGCAAAGAACAACCAACAAUGGAUUCAAUUUUAGAAAAACCAACUCCUUCCAAUACUGUAAUUAAUUCAUUAGAAAAUUCCAUGGUCAAUAACAAUAAAUCAAAGGUUUUAAUACCACAUCAAAGUCCAAAUAUUGGCGCCUUGUCAAUAUCACGUCAUAAUAGUAUAAAAUCACCAAUGAGGAGAGGUACGCCAGAGAGAAGUUCGUCAUCACAGUUAAGCUCUUCAUCAUCUCAAAGAAGUAUCGAAAUGACAAGCAAUAAGAAGAAAAAGGUGAUACAUCAUCAUUUGGACGUGCAAUCUACUGUGACUGCUGUACCAUCUAUGCUAUCACUUUCAUCAAGGUGA